AUGGCACUCUUCGGGUUCAGCUGUUGCCUGGGUGCUCGCUUCUUUGGUGACGUCGGCCGACGGGUUAAUGUGGACGUUGAUCCCCAUAUUGCCCGAGAACUAAUUGUCAUUCUUAAUGUUUACCGCUGUUUCGUUGACCCUUUCCAUGGGUGCCUCUGCCUCCAUUCAGCUACAAUUCUACGCCUUCAACUCACAGCUCUACUGCAACUUUUCGGCAGCUGUCUCGCAACCAAACGGACUGGCGGCAGUUUCCGUGCUGUUAAAGGUGAGGAAGAGCCCUGGCAUAUUGUCCCUAAGCAGCACUUGCUUAAUGGUCCGCCUUUUUUAAGCUAA